AUGUCAUCUGGAAAGACUGCCGAGGACUCUACCUGGAAGUCGAGAGAACAAGCCGCGGAGGGGCAGUACGCGCGCGCCAAGGAGCAGGAACAGCUGCAGGCGAUCCGCGACGACCUCGCAAAGGAGGCCGCUAAGUCGGAGUCCGAGGACAAGAACUUCGAGGGCGGGUACGGCGGGCAGGAGGAUCUCGAAGAUCGCUACGCCACCACCUACGGAAUGCAUUGA